CCUCACGAUCCUCUUACUUAUAUUGAUAUUUAUCUUGUCCUCCAGGUAACUGACUGGACGAUCAUCCUACAGUUCCCUACUACAUCCCAACCCUCCUCCCUUGCCACAGGCCGCAACUCAGAUGCGUUCAGAUGAUCGCAGGAAUGUGAAGCCUGUACAACAAUGAGGUGUACCAGCCGGCAUAUGGGAUGUCUGUGUGAGUCGCUUUGACCAGGAUAUUUCCUUCUUUUCUUGGAAGGACUUCGAUAUUUGUUUUUUUUUUGCUAGCUAUAUUCAUGAGCUUUCAUCUUCCGAUUCUAUUCCUAAUCCUGCAUGGCAAACGGAGAGUUCGAAUACGCUUUCCAAGUUCUUGACGCGAUGUUGCGAUUGAUUGUUUAUGUCAUCAAGUAUCAUGGUGACGCUUCUGGAAUAGACAACGACAAGGCGAAGGUUGAACGUUCAUUACCUCACCAAAUAUUCGUUUUUGUUCUGGCGAACAUGUACGAAGAACAAGGCGUUCUCUUUCAACAGAAGCAGUUCUUCAGAUUCUUCUCCAGUCUCAUUAGCGACCUGCACUCCAUCGCAGAACAUCUAGGCUCAGCUUAUCUCUCUCUGCUGAUCGCUAUCAGUGACACUUUCAGUUCUCUGCAGUCCACUUACUUUCCUGGGUUCGCGUUCUCUUGGCUCUGUCUUGUUUUACAUCGACUCUUCAUGCCAAAACUGCUUUUAUCCGAAAACCGGGAGGGCUGGUCUGCGUUCCAAAAGCUCCUUUCCCUUUUCAAGUUUUUGGCUCCGUUCUUGAAAGGAGCUGAUCUCCAACUCGCAUCUCGUGAUUUGUAUCGCAGCUCCCUCCGACUCCUCUUUGUCCUUCUUCAUGAUUUCCCAGAAUUCCUGAGCGAAUACUACUUCAGUCUCUGCGAUGCCAUCCCUCCGCAUUGCAUCCAGCUUCGCAAUACCAUCCUCAGCGCGUUCCUCAUGUCUAUCAUCCUCCCUCCCCCCCAACUUGUCAUUGAUAAACACCCUUGUCAUGUACAUUGGAGUAUUGUCAGUUGCUCAGGCCAAGGCGAGGAGUGGCUGUUCUGUAUUUGUCACGAGCGACCCUGGCGUCGUUGCUCUACAGUAUCUUGCUGCUAAU